AUGGCCAUUGAAAAAGUCCACGCUAGAUCCGUCUACGACUCCAGAGGCAACCCCACCGUCGAGGUCGACGUCACCACCGACAAGGGCUUGUUCCGCGCCAUCGUCCCCUCCGGUGCCUCCACUGGUAUCCACGAAGCUCUCGAAUUGAGAGACGGCGACAAGCUGAAGUGGUUGGGCAAGGGUGUCACCAAGGCCGUUGCCAACGUCAACGACGUCAUCGCCCCCGCCUUGAUCAAGGCCAACGUCGACGUCACCAACCAGAAGCAAGUCGACGACUUUUUGUUGUCGCUUGACGGCACCCCCAACAAGUCGAAGUUGGGUGCCAACGCCAUCUUGGGUGUCUCGCUCGCCGUGUCCAAGGCCGGUGCCGCCCAAAAGGGUGUCCCUCUCUACAAGCACUACGCCGACCUUUCGGGUGCUAAGCAAGACGGCUACGUGUUGCCCGUGCCCUUCAUGAACGUGUUGAACGGUGGUUCGCACGCCGGUGGUGCCCUCGCCUUCCAGGAAUUCAUGAUUGUCCCCGAAGGUGCCCCUUCGUUCUCGGAAGCGAUGAGAAUCGGCUCCGAAGUCUACCACGAACUCAAGUCGUUGGCCAAGAAGGAAUACGGCCAAUCCGCCGGUAACGUCGGUGACGAAGGUGGUGUCGCCCCCGACAUCUCCACCCCCAAGGAAGCCUUGGACUUGAUCAUGCUGGCCGUCAAGAACGCCGGCUACGAAGGCCAAAUCGGCAUUGCCAUGGACGUCGCCUCGUCGGAAUUCUACAAGGACGGCAAGUACGACUUGGACUUCAAGAACCCCAACUCCGACAAGUCGAAGUGGUUGUCGGGCCCCGAAUUGGCUCAAUUGUACCACGACCUCAUCCAACAAUACCCCAUUGUCUCGAUCGAAGACCCCUUCGCCGAAGACGACUGGGACGCCUGGGUCCACUUCUACUCCAAGGUGGGUGAAAAGAUCCAAAUUGUGGGUGACGACUUGACCGUGACCAACCCCCUCAGAAUCAAGACCGCCAUCGACAAGAAGGCCGCCAACAACUUGUUGUUAAAGGUCAACCAAAUCGGUUCGCUCCAAGAAUCGAUCGACGCCGCCAACCUCUCGUACUCCGCCGGGUGGGGUGUCAUGGUGUCGCACAGAUCGGGUGAAACCGAAGACGCCACCAUUGCUGACUUGGCCGUCGGUUUGAGAUGUGGCCAAAUCAAGACCGGUGCCCCCGCCAGAUCGGAAAGAUUGGCCAAGUUGAACCAAAUCUUGAGAAUCGAAGAAGAAUUGGGCGACAAGGCCAUCUACGCCGGUAAGAAGUUCCACAACGCCCAAAAGGACCUUUAA